AUGGGUCGAAGAUGCGUUGUGCCAAAUUGUAAUGCAAAAAGUAACAAGAGCAGCAGCUUAUCGUUUUUUCAAUUUCCUAAGGACUUGGAAAUGCAAAAGAAAUGGCUUUCAGCUAUUAAUGUUGAAAACUUUGAAAGUAUUAAAUUCUCUACUGCUUCUUGCAUUUGUUCUCAGCACUUUACCAAGGACUCUUUUGCUCCAAAGCAAUUUGGAAAAGCUAGAGAAUUAAAAAAAGGUGUUGUGCCACAAUUAAAUAUCUUCUCGACAGAGGUCAGAAAUUGCACGUUCAUACAAAUGCCACCAUGUGUGUCAAAAGAAAAAUUACAGAAUACAACGGUGAUGAUGAACCAGCAAAUCUUUAAUCAGCCAAAGCGAGAAGUCUUAGAAGAAACAUCAUCUACCGAUCAAAAUGUCACAUACAUUACAUCACUUAUGCCAACUAAAAGAAAAUAUUUUGAAGGAGAUUUCAACAUCGUCGAUAUGGAUUACCCAGAAAGAGCACGGUUGUAUUUUCAGGCUGCUAGAAAUAAGAUUUCAAAUCUACAGAAACGACUUCAGGUGUGCAGAAAACGAUGUAAACGUCUAAGUGCAAAAAAUGAUUCAUGUGAAAAUUAUAGAAAUGCUUUGGUGUCCAGUUAUUUAAGAUAG